UGACUGAGAAGACAGAGAGUCAGGGAGGAGGAGGAGAAACUGCGGAACUUGGUUCAUAAAAAGUGACUCUCCACCUCCUUUCCCUCCUCUACACCACAAUGCAGAGCAACGGCAGCGCAUCAUCCGGACCUCCGACUUCUCUGAGUGUGUGCGGAGAAGAGGACGAGCGUGAAAUCUCCACACUGGUCAGCGCCACGGGUGGAACGUCCAACCUGGCAACUUUUAACCUCUCCCUGAACUGCUGGCUCUACAUCCUGUCCAAGGAGUCCUCACUGGACCUGCACGAAGACACGGCAAACUUGGCUGUGCGUAUUCUCAUUGCUCUGGUUUACCUUGUGGUAUGUGUGCUGGGCCUUGUGGGUAAUCUCCUGGCAUUGUUCCUGCUCCACUCCCGCCGCCGGCGUCACCACCACUCUUCCAUCGACUGCUUUGUGAUGAGCCUGGCGUUCACAGACCUCCAGUUUGUCCUGACCUUACCAUUCUGGGCCGUGGACACGCUGCUCGAUUUUCGCUGGCCUUUCGGCCGUGUCACAUGUAAGAUUGUGAGCUCGGUCACCACUCUCAACAUGUAUGCCAGCGUCUUCUUCCUGACCGCCAUGAGUGUGACCCGCUACCGCUCCCUGGUCACUUCUCUCAGGAUGGAAAGCCCCAGAAUCACCGCUGCUCGAGCCAAGUGGGUCAGUUUAGCCAUUUGGGUUGUGUCGCUGGUGGCUACUCUGCCUCACGCUUUCUACUCCACCACAGUCCAGGUGUCUGCGGACGACGAGCUUUGUUUGGUGAGGUUUUCUGACUCCGACUCAGGCCACUGGGAUCCACAAGUCCUGCUUGGACUCUAUCAAACACAAAAAGUCCUCAUAGGAUUUGUAAUUCCCUUGAUUAUCAUCAGCGUGUGCUACCUGCUCCUCCUGAGGUUCAUCCUGAGCCGGCGUGUUGUCGGUAGUAUGGAGAGCGGGCCGGUCACAGAGAGGUCAGAGUGCGAGAGGGGACGUCACCGCCGCAGGUCCAAAGUCACCCGCUCCGUCACUAUCGUGGUUCUAUCCUUUUUCAUGUGCUGGCUGCCCAACCAGGCCCUCACCCUGUGGGGGGUGUUGAUAAAGUUUGACAUGGUGCCCUUCAGCAAAGCCUUCUACAACGCCCAGGCUUACGCCUUCCCCCUGACCGUGUGUCUGGCCCAUGCAAACAGCUGCCUCAAUCCUGUGCUCUACUGCCUGAUCCGAAAGGAGUACAGAGCUGGACUAAAGGACCUCCUGCUCAGAGUCUCUCACUCUUUACGGAACGUCCUCACUUCGGCGGUCAGAGGCCGACGGGUGGAGGAAGCACCAUCCAGUCUGGUUGUGAUACACAAAGACAUUAAUAUGUGAUUCACUCAGAGCGAGGAGCAGUUUGACAAUGUGGGGACAUUAUUUAUUUGGGUUUUGUUUGCUGAGAGUUUGAUGAAAAAGUUUAUGAGGCUACAGUUAGCUUAGCUUAGCAUUAAAGCCAGCUCCUCUCUGCUUAGUGUUCAAGCGCCCUUACUGAUGCUCUAAGACAAAGUUCAUCAAUAAGUAGAUAAGGGAGUAGUGGUAGGUCAGGAGUUAUUGAAAUGGAAAUUAAAGGGUGAAAAUAUAGAUGUUUCUAUUUUUAGAUUAAAUCUAAAUUAAUAACCAUAUAAGUAUUGAGUCAUUUUGUGCCAAGUAGGUCAACAUGUAAAGUAUAUUCAGUUUAUAUAAGUAAAUAUUAUCAAUGUAGGUAUAUAAUUUUACUCCGAUAAUAAUAAAAGUAAGUAUAAUCAUUAGGCCUUACUGUAUCCUUUGGUUGCACUCGUUCGUUUGUCAGGGCAUGUGCUAAAUGUUAAUCUAAAUUCAACUAUCCACUCAUUGCCACUAAUAAAAAUCAAAUUCUAUGUUACAGUAAGUUAACUAGAAUUUCAUUUCACUAAACCUCUACCACCUUGGGCCUAUACAGAAACAGUGGAGUUGUGUAAUUUCUAACCAGUGAAGUCCAAGAGACUUGAGCGGAAUUUCAGCCAGUCUGAGUCAUUCUCCAAAAAAGUCAAAAUUAGCCCCCUAGGGUCUAAAGUUUAGGUCACGGCAGAACAUUUCAGUUUCUUUAAAAGUUUCAAGCUCGAGUUCAAAUUCAUGGCACAUUUUCUUUUGAUUGAGGUCCAAAUGAAGUUGACCUGAUUUUCAGUCGUCAGCGCUGACGUCAAAGUCACAAAUCCUCGACUAGCAUAACAAGAAGCUGUGCUCUUCAGGUAAUAAUUAGAUCUGGGUUUAAUCCAUGCUGUCCAGCCUCCGUCUAAAGUUAACCAGCCUCUUUGGCAUCAUUUCAUCCAACUCACAGCAAUCAACCAAAUGGUCAUAUUUACUAUAAUAACCUAUCUUAAACCUUUUGCUGUAAAUGUAUGACUUUAAACAUUUCAAUCACCUCUGAUCUACAUUAUUGUAAACUACAGACUAUUUCUCCUCAUGCAGUCAAGAGAUGUAAUGCAUUGUGUUUGUAAUGUUUUUCCACCUUUAAAAACCUGUAAGAUUGUCACAUUUUCUUUGAGAGUAAUAUAUGUCAUAUUUAUUUCUGUCCAGUUUUCUGUGUUGACUAAAGAAUUGUUAUUUGGUGUCGGACACUAGCAUGAAGCCAUCUUACCGUUUUCUUGUUUACCUUC